GGGGGUGGGGGGGGUGGGGGGGGGGGGGGGGGGGGGGGGGGGGGGGGGGGGGGGGGGGGGGGGGGGGGUGGUGGGGGGGGGUGGGGGGGGUGGGGGGGGGGGGGGGUGGGGACACACUGCUGACAACAGCUCCGCAGCACCAGUGGCAACAGGGAGCCCGGCUACCAAUUGGCCCGGAGGCCCAGCUUCCAUUUCUUCUGUUAUGGCUUCAUCCAGCACAUCUUUGGGAAGUGCACAGACCUCCUCUGCAUCCUCUCCGCACACUAUUAGUCAUGAUUCUCUCAUAGAAAGUACAGCAGUUUCUAGAACCUUGGCCAGAACUUCUGUAAGUGACUUUUCAAUGACAACCCAUAAGCCAGAGGUUUUCUCUUCUGUGAAAACACCCCACCCAGAACCCUCUACUAAAAUGCCUGAAAAAUGCUGUGAGUGUAAUUAGAUUUCUUUAUAAUAUUUGAUGUUCUUUCUGUGUAUCAAAUUUGCACUACCAUUUUUUGUCUUUACAAAUUAUAUUUUAAUUUACAGUUCCCCUUAAUUUCUUGUCUUUCCCCAAUCAGAAUAUGUAUUUAAAAUUCUUCCCCCCCUUCAUAUAUAGAAAGAUCACUCUUGUUUUCUGCCCCCAGCCCUUAUAUGGGUCAGACUGCACCAUCCUCAGGGAGGCUCAAUUUCUUGCUCACUUUGUUUAAUCUCUUAAUUUGCAUAUGGUGUUGAAUAGAAGAUCCCUGGAGCACAAUAUUAAAUUGGGUGAAGAAUGCUUCCUGGUCGUGGAAUGCUUACUUACUUUCAUAGGUGGAUGGUAGAAAAAUAGUGAAGGAGGGAAUGCAAUGCAAUGGAAUGGAAUAGUCUACAUGGCUCUAUUCCAUACCAUAAUAUUUUGUAGUAAGUCCCACCUGGUUAUGCUAUGCUAUUUUGUUAUUUUACAUUGUGAGUGCCGUGUGAUGUAUUGAAUAACUUCUAUCCAAGAGGAGCAGUACAUGUGGUCAACAGUGGGUUCGGCCGCCUGACAGUCCUAAACACACACAGACACCAUAAUUUUGCAUGCCCUUAUAAGAAAAGCCAGAAGCACACACACACACAUACAUACAUACAUACAUGCACACACAGACUCACUUAGGUGUGCACACAUACAUGGACACAAAUGGCUUCUCUUUUCUCCAAUCCAUGAAAAUCUGCUGAGGAGUGGGUUUAUCAAUCCCUCCCUGCUCCUCAGAUAAUUGAUGUGAUGUGUGAAGUUUCAGGGACAUCUUUGCAAAUCCAUCAUGGCAUUGGCAGAGUGGGUUAAAUCUCUACAUUCACCUGAGCAGUAUGUCACUUUGAUUUUUACAGCAACAAAACCAGGGGUUUGGGGGGUGGGAGGGUUAGAAAAAGUUGUUUGAGGGCUUGAUUAUACCCUGUUGCUGCAAAUUUCCCACCCUCUUAUAUACAUAUUGUGAUAUGGCGCCCCAGAAUCUCUUUAUAUUCCUUAUUUUUUUCCUUCUGGUUUAUGUUGUUUUUGGAAGGUUUAUUAAAGCUAGAAUUUAUCAUUUAUUCACUGAAUUUACUUUUAUGAAGUGGGAGUAAGAAUUCAACUAUAGCAGAAACUCAGCAACAUAACAUAUUCUCCCCUCAUCAUAUUUAACAUUUUGUGAAUAUUUCCAGAGUUGUUGAAAUGCACCUUUGACAUCAGAUGUGUAUUUUUGUUUUUGUUUUGUUUAGCUGUAGAUGCUUUCUACAUUCAACUUGAAAAAGUAACCAGCCAAGUGAUACAAUUCCGUUGGUUUCUUCAGAGUGUGAGAAGGGACAGCCCUUAUACCGUGUCUCUCAUGGCAGAUAACACAGUUAUAAAUAACACUGUCACAAAUGACACCAGGAUGGUAUUUGGAAACCUUUCUCCAGGUGGUUUGUAUACAGUAACUGUGGAGGUGUUGAGUUGCAGUAAGAAGUUCAGUUCCUCCGUGAUGGUUCGGACAGGUAUUAUCUCAAUCAUCCAUCUACACUUGUUUUAUUGUAGUAAUGCAUACAGUACCAGACAGUAUUCUGAUACAUUUUGCUCAGCGCUAGCCUUCAUUCAAACAGUGUCCCCAAAGGAAAACCCAAUAUAUGAAUAGGGAAUUAAUCUCCAGCCAUUUGUGAAUUUCCCUUUUCUGUCUCUUUGGUGCAUUAGGUGGGUUAGCUCAUGUAAUGGGACAACCCAGGAUAUCUCUCAUUGCUCACCACUUUCUUCAUGGGAAUCCCUGACAUCCCAAUGUUGCACACAGCUUUGGCAAGAAGACGGAGUCUGGCGAGCAAGCUGAUGGCUUGUUUGGCUGCUGUGUGAAGCAGUCCUAUGCACAUAAAGAUGCAUCAUGAGGUGGACUCAUAACUGGCCCUAGACUUCCCCCUGUGAGAAGGAAUCUUGUGCAUGUACAUCAGAAUUUUUAAUUUUUUUAUUUACAUUUUUCCUCCAAGAAGUUUAGAGAGACAUAUAGGGUAGGGGUUUGGUCUCCCAGCUCCUAGUUCAACACUCUAAGUACUACGCCACCCUGGCUCUCACAUUGGACUACUUCCUAUAGCUUCCGAAUGUAUGGCCAACAGGGGGCUGGGGAGGAUGGUCUGAAGUUUUCCAUAUAAGUUUUCUAUUUGCAAAAUCCUUGAUAUAUGUGGAUGUCCGUGUACUUUUAUAUUAAUGAUGAUGAUGAUUAGUAGUAGUUUAUUAUUAUUAUUAUUAUUAUUAUUAUUAAAAAUUUUAUGCCACCCUUCAUUCAAAGAUCACAGGACAGUUCACAACAUAAAAAUACAAAACAAAAACAUAAAAUACCUAACAAAACAAAAACAAUAGCCCUCUUCCACAAUUAUAUCCCUGUAGUAUGGGGAUUCUCGAAGCUACAAACAUGAGUCUGAUCAAACUGCGGGAGGUAGUGGAAGAUAGGAGUGCCUGGCGUGCUCUGGCCCAUGGGGUCACGAAGAGUCGGACACGACUAAACGACUAAACAACAACAAAACAACAAGUAUGGGGAUUAACAACAGGACAACAAAAGAGGAUUUUGCAAGCCUUCAGUCACCAAGAGACUCAUACUUUGAUCCUGGAAGGAUAAACAUAAGCCUAUUAUGAAAUGCUCUGCAGAGCUUACCCCCCCCUUGCUAUAUUUGAAUAUGCUUCUUAUCAACUCCAUGUGAAUAUCUGGACAUUUGGAUGUCACACACUGAUUUCUAUGUUUAAAUUAAGAUGGAUGCAUUAAUGGUUAAUGUAUUUUAAUGUUGUUUCUUAAUUAAAUGUGUUAUAAAAAUCAGUUUAAAAAAUCCAAUGGAGUUUUAUGGAUAAGGCUUAUUCCUAAGUAAGUGGAAUAGGGCUGCAGCCUUAAGAAACUAAUGUCCCAAUACCUUCUGGGCAGACAUUUGGCUUUCCUGGCAUAUGGAAUCUUUUAAAAAGCUAUUUUAUAUGCCAUUUCUGUCCUUUUUGGUGCUUUUAAUUUAUUUGUAUUUUCGUAUUUUAAUACCUGUUGUAAGCAGCCUUGAACAUUUUGUUGGGAAGGUGGAAUAUGAAUAUUUUAAAUAAGUAAGUAAACAGACAAAUAAUACAUCCUAUGCAUGUUUAUUUGGACAUAAGUCCCACUAUGUUCAAUGGGAUUUGCUCUCAAGUAAAUGUGCAUUUUCAGUCUAAAUAAGAAAAGAUCGUUUCAUUUGUUUCACAUUGUCCUUAAGGACCUCAAACUAAUGAAUAUUAGUUUAUCUAUCUGGCACAGCAGCAGCAGCAACAACAGCAUAAGUAUUCUGUACUAAAAAUGUUACCUAUACUAUUAACUAAAUGGUUCUCUUAUUCCUUAUAGAAGCCACAGCCUAUCGUGGGACAGCCAGGAUUACAAAUAAGAAGUACAUACCUCAGUUCAGCAACAAAUCAAGUACAGAGUUUCAGGAGCUUCAAAAAAAUGUCACCGAAGAGGUAUCAUCUACAGCAUUUUAAAAAAUGAAAAGUAAUUAGUUAAAAGCACUGAGCAUAACCCAAGACAAGCAUUUUUAAGCCCCAUUGAUUUCAGUGAAACUGACUUAAAAAUGAGCUUAAUGGUUCUUUAGAAUCCAGUGGGACUUAAAAUGUUCACAUUUGCCUCGACCAGGGUUUGUGCAGGCCAGAUGGUGAAUUUAGGCCCCAUUUCAAUAAUUGUUACCAACAGGCAGGCCCCCUCAAAAUUGCAGGCCCUCUGUUCUGGCCUGGGCUGGAGUAUGCCCAUAUUUUCAGUGCUCUCUUACUGAUCCUCAGCAGAGUAACGUUAAGUCCCCCUUUCCAUGGCACAGUUAUGACUAUGUGCUUCCCUGAGUCAAAGACUGACGACAGAUUGGGCAGACUUGAUCCCUUUCAGCCAUUUCCCACCGCAUCCUUGAAAUUGCAUGGAAGGCAAACUGGGUCCUGCUAGCCUCGCCUCUUCACAUGCAGAGUUGGGGUGAGCUUGCACAUAUUCAGCCAGCACCCCUUUACGUAAGUUAUCUCCAGCAGGGCUGGCAGGGACAACAUUGACAGACAUGGCUUCCCCCCCCCCCCCACAUGAUUACCAUUUCAUGGAAGAGAAUGCUUGAAACAAGGUGGUACUUUCUGUCAGCUUCCCAACCUUCUGUCAAUCACAAUACUGAGGUACUUCUAGCAGUGCAACAGACCGAGGGAAUCGCCACACCCCUCUUAACUGGUUUGGCAGUCUUCUCUUUCUAGAAGAUCUCUCCCCUCCUGACUGAAAUGAGACCCAAACAGACUGUAUCCUCACAGCUUCUCCCUCUCCUUGCUCAAACUCAGCCCUCCAGUUAACUCAUGUCUGAAUAUUCUCACAAGACACUAAGCACUGUCUUUCUAUCUUAAGCUCAGAGGCUCCCUUCUCUUGCUGUAGAUAAUUUCCUCAGAGUGGAUGUUAUACACACAGAACCAACUCUCCUCCCUCCCCUUCCUGUUCUCUCUAUCACCACACUCUCUUAGAAACGGCUCUUUUUAUUUUCCCUCCCAAAGUACUGUCUCCACCCACUUCUGGCUCGCUGUCUUGGUGGCCAAUCAGAGAAAGGCUUCAGCACUCUGGUGGAGUUCUGGGGUACUGCAUCACCAGUCUAGCUCAGCGGUCUGUCACAGCUGUCAAUAAUAGUUUGUGGCUUUUGGAGGUUGGCUAGGUUUUGUAAUGUUAUAAUAUUUGUUAUUUAUGGUUAUUGUUUUCAAUUUUUGGAUGUGUAGUAAGUUACCUAGAUUCCAUUUGGUAUUAGAUGGCUAAUAAAACAAUUAUUAUUAUUAUUAUUAUUAUUAGUAGUAGUAGUAGUAGUAGUAAUAACAGCAACAACAUAAUGUCUAAUCAGAAGUAAGGGCCAGGAAGCUUGAUUUUAUGUUUGCUGCCUGAGAUAAGGAAGCCUCAGACAACAGGAAAGAAAAAGACGUUUGGGAGGAGUCUAGUGGGCUGUGAGAGAUGUGGUGUGGGACUCAGGAGAACAAAAGUCAGCAGCAUCCUUAGAUUCAACGAUGUUGCACCAAGCUGGAGCAUCCAGCAGAAUCUGGAUAAUUUUUCAAAAAGUCAAAAAACAAGACAGAGUGGUAGGGAACUUGCAAAUUUUAGGCCUGUGUUGAAUUUUGGCCCUUCAGACAGUGUUCACAUUCAGCCCCCAUCACCCCUUACCAUGGCCAUGCCGUCUAGGGAUGAUGGAAAUUGAAGUCCAACAAACUCCAGAGGCCCACCUAUGCAAUCCAUUCUCUGUUGUGAGGCCAGAAAGAAUGCUUUUAUUUUCUGUUCUCUGGUACAAACCUGCCUAAGGCCAGACUUUUGGCUGUUGACAGUCUGAGAUCCAACAUAUAUUGGAAGAAACGAUAAACAAAUUAUUCUGAAUAUUAUGCAAAACAAAGAAAAUAAUCUCAAACCUGCCACUUUUACAGAUAAUAAACAACUUGCCGCCUUCGUUGAGAGCAUUAAUAGAUUCUGGGAAAAUGCGUAUAACCAUAACUGAGAUUACAAGCGGCAGUGUGAUUGUGACCUUCAUCAUCGAGAUGGUUCCAGAUAGAAAUAUAGCACACAAUGAGGUUGAAAGGGCUGUAAUCGAAGCCUUAAACAAAAGCAGACAUCUGGAUGUAGACCUCACUCGGACUUCCAUAGAAGGUAUGGUCUUUCUAUUAUAUGGUAGGAACAUAGGAAGCUUCCUCGUAUCAAGUCAUAAUAUUGGUUCACCUUACUCUGUAGUAUCCAUACUGACUGACAGGGGCUCUCUAGGGUUCAGACGGGAGCCGAUGCCAGAGACUAAACCUGGGACUGUCUAAACGCAAACGUGUGUUGCCUAUCCCCACUUAGCCAUGGCUCUUCAGUCAGUUUAUGUGUGAUUCAGCCAGUGCAGAUAGGCCAAGUCUGCAUUGCCUUUCCUGGCCUGCUUCACAGUUAGUCUGUGCUCAUACAGUGGACAAGACGUGCUUAUUUGAACAUUUAUAUCCUGCCUUUUUAAGCAAAUAAAACAUCCUAUGUGUUUAACAACAGUGAAAAAAUAGUGAUAAAAUCAUGAUGCUAUCCCAGAGUGUUUCCCAGAAGCAACUGUUAAGUGGGGCUGGGGAACCUGUGGUCCUGCAGAUCCUCCUAGACACUAGCUCCCAUCAGCCCUAGCAAGUGACAGGCAUUAAAAGAUCCAUUUGGUGGCAUAGUUCUGUGCAUAGCUGUUAACUUUUCCCUUUUCUUGCGAGGAAUCCUAUUCGGAAUAAGGGAAUUUCCCUUUAAAAAAAGGAAAUCGUUGACAGCUAUGGUUCUGUGUGUGUAAAUAAAUUAUGGAUUAUAUUGUAUGCCAAUGAAAGUGCUUUCUCUUUAAAAAUGACAGCAUGCAUAUAAGCACUUGUGGUGCCUUUUAUGUUGACCUUCGUGCAUUAAUUUUGUUGCUCUUUUAUUGAAAUUUGUCAUAGUAAUCCCUGCCUGUCAGCCAGACAACAAUGGCUGUUCUGAAUUUGCCUACUGCAUCCCCCAAAGCACAAAUUAUUCAUGUGAAUGUAAGCCGGGAUUUUUGGAUCUGAGUCCCCAGGUGCCAGGAAGACAAUGUGAAGGUAAGAACGGGGGUUUCUUCAGAGGGUCUGCUUAUUCAGCAUUCAUCCUGAUUUGCUUGCCCAAAGAUUACACAAUGGCCAGGCUAUAUCCAGUCUAUACUGCAUGAGGAUUCAUUCUGAUUUGCUUAUGGCACAGCUGUAUGCUAAUGAACAUUCACCCUAAUUUGUUUGCAGGGUGUUUAUGUGUCCCCCAUUCAACCUUCAUUCACCCCAUACUUUUCAAUGCAUCUCCCUGUCACUUUCCAAACUGGAAAAAGUCCAGAUUUUUUUUAAAAAGUGGAUUCGUUGCCCUAGGGGUACAGAGUGCUUUAAUUCAUUUUAAAUGCAUAUACCUAUGAAUCCCUCCUACAAAAUUCUGGCUGUCUGGAGGUGUUUUUAAAAAAAUAAAUGACAAAGAGGGAAGAAAGUGAUGCUGAUCUGCCCUGAUUCAAUAGUAAAGAGAUGAGAGAAGUGCAAUUUUAGUGCUGCUGGGCUGAAGAUGGGACUAAAGUUUGUCUAGCUUCCAGUUUUAUUGUGGGCUGGUAGGCUCACUGGGCUGUAAAACUGUAUCUGCGGAUAGUCUGCAUGUGUGGAAACUUGUCAGGGAACUGCCAUCGGAAGGAAGGGAGGUGAAAGGACUCAGACAGGUUGGAAGAGACUCAGCAGCGGAAGAGGGAACCAGCAAGGGGAGAGAAGCUGAACUGAGGGAGGUGAAAGGGCUCAGACAGGUUGGAAGAGACUCAGCAGCUGAAGAGGAAACCAGCAGGGGAGAGAAGCUGAACUGAGGGAAAGGGAGCUGGGGGAUGGCUCAGAGAUACUUCCAGCGAAAACAGUGGUGAGGUUUCCGGACCUCCUGUUGGGACACCCACUCCUCGCCGGAAACUGUCACGCAGAGAGUCCAGAAGACGUGUUUCCGUUAAGGAGCUUUUAUGUUGGAAGCGAUUACGAAAGCAGCCACUGUCGGAAUCUUCUAGUGACUAGAGGAGCCAUGUCAGAGGGGCUCAGUCACAGACAGAGGUUUGUGGACUUGAACAAACUCUGAGGGAAUACGAUUUUACGCACAAGCAGCUCAUCUUCCCAUCACAGCAUUCCGACAGUCUUUGAACGCAGCUUGUGCAGGAGAAGGCAUAAUGAGCAACCCAGCAGGAACCGGAGAAGCAGGGGCUGGAGCGGGUCCAAGCCUGGAAGAAAGGUACCGGGUGUUGGAGGUCCAGCUGGCGCUGCAGACGGCGAGGCUGGAGGAGAGGAGGGCUCAAGAUGCAGACAAAGGGAGAAAGCCACCCAGCUCGCCAGAAAGGUACCAGGAUUGGUGCAGAAAUUUGGGGGGGAGCCCAAAGACUAUCAUAGCUUUCGGACAGAAAUGCAAUAUGCCCUCAAUCUGCAGUUUGAUGAUUCCCUGAUGAGGAAUCACGAGUGGCUUUUGUGAUUGGGCAUCUUGAAAAGGGGGCGAGAGACUGGGUUAGACCCCUGAUGGCAGCGCAUAGUGACGUCCUAAAGGACACGAUGAAGUUCUUUCGCGCCAUGGAUCUGAUGUUUUCCAGCGAUAUUGAAAAGGGAGUGGUGCGCAGACAGUUAAUGGCUUGCAAACAGGGGAGCCGAUCUGUACGUGAGUACUGGACUGAGUUCACCAUGCUGAUACACAGAUUGGGGUGGGACUUAUCGGCGGAACCCAUUCAAAUGCUCUUUGAAGAAGGGCUUUCUUCGGCUGUGAAAGAUGAACUUUCCCGGGCGCCCAGGGCGGAGUCUAUGGACCAGCUGACCAAAUCAGCGCUGGCCAUAGGAGCGCGCCAGGAGGCGAGAGCAUUGGAGAGGCGGGAAGGGAAAGGGGAACGUUGGAAGGAGUUCCGCAUUCCAGACAUUCCAGAGCCAACUUUCCCGCCGGCAGAGCCGAUGGAAAUCGGAACAGCGCGCGCGCGCAGUUUCAAAGCCCAGUGAGGGGGAAAAAGGAGGGAAAAGGCGCCCGGAAAUGCUAUCUCUGCCAACAGCCAGGGCACUUUGCCAGAGUCUGCCCCCAGAGGAAGGAAUGGCAAGGGAUGGUGGGAGCUGUGGAGGGAAGAGAGGAAAAGAUACCGGAGCAACUAAAAGCCAACGCCUGGCUGCCAUUGUCGGGGCACAGCAGCCAGGCCAAAGAGCAGUGAAAGUGCCCACGCCAGAACCUCCUAAACCCGCCCUAGUGAUAGAAGUGACACUAGAGCUGCCAAACGGACACCCUCUAAAGAUAAAGGCGCUGUUGGACUCAGGCAGCUCCUGCAAUUUCAUGAGCAAAGAGUUUGCAGCUGAACACCAGAUACAGACGCUCCCUUUAAGCAACCCCCUGCAGGUAAUCACGAUCGAUGGCAGGGAGCUGUUGGGAGGAGAAGUCAGCUUGCAGACCGUCCCAAUGAUAAUGAAGGUGGCAAGGCACACCAAACUCAUUGCGUUUAAUGUGGCCACCUUGGGAGGAGCUCCCAUUAUAUUGGGGAUGAGCUGGCUAGCGUUACAUGAUCCGCUGGUGGGCUGGCAUCAAAGAGUGGUUUCUUUUGGGUCAGCACAUUGCUUAGAACACUGCAAAGAGGGAAGGUUUUGGCAGGGGCCCAAGCCACCCUAGCAGGGACUGAAGUAACGGAGAACGUGAAGGUACCACGACAAUACGCAGAUCUCCGCGACGUCUUCAGCGAAAGGGAAGCUGACCAACUACCACCGCAUAGAGCCUUUGACUGUCAAAUCAAUUUGCUCCCUGGGGCACAGCUCCCUGUGGGCAAGCUGUACGCCAUGUCAGACAGAGAGAUGCAGGAGCUAAGAGAGUUCAUUGACAAGAACCUGAAGAGAGGGUUCAUCAGAGAGUCCAGGGCGGUGGGGGCAGCCCAGUGUUUUUGUGGACAAAAAAACACGAACAAGCCGAGACUGGUGUGUGACUUCAGGGCCUUAAAUGCAGUGUCAGAACCAGUGGCCUUCCCGAUGCCCAGGAUUGACGACAUUUUGACAAGGGUGCGGAAGGGAAAGAUUUUCACCAAGCUGGAUCUAAGGGGGGCGUACAACCUGAUACGAAUAAGGAAGGGGGAUGAAUGGAAAACCACCAUGUUCACCCCUUUAGGGGCAUUUGAAUACUUAGUUAUGCCCUUCGGUCUACAAGCAGGCUCCGCAACAUUUCAAUCGUUUAUGAACCACGUCCUGGGGCCGUUGCUUUACAAGAAUUGUGUGGCCUUCUUAGACGACGUGUUGGUGUAUUCUGAGAAUGAGGAGCAGCAUGUGAGAGACGUCAGAGAAGUGUUGAGCAGGCUGCAAGCCAACCAGCUGUGGGUGAAACUGGAGAAGUGUCAGUUUCAUACCAAGGAGGUGGAAUUCCUGGGGUAUCGCCUGUCUGACAAGGGGUUGGCCAUGGAUCCCGGCAAGGUCCAGGCGGUACUGGAAUGGAAAACACCCAAAACAAGGAAGGAUGUGCAGAGGUUUUUAGGAUUUGGGAACUUCUAUCGUAAGUUCAUCCCAAACUUUGCCCACCUGACGGCGCCCAUUACGGACUGUCUCAGCAGUAAGAAGAAGUUCGUUUGGACGGAGGAGGCGGAGCAAGCAUUUGAGGAACUAAAAGGGCCUUCGCCUCGGAACAACAGCUCCUGCAUGUGGAUUUACAAAAACCGAUGAGAGUGGAAACUGACGCAUCAGACAGAGCGGUUGGGGCGGUGCUUCUCCAGCCAGGGAAGGAGGAGUCAGAGUGGAGACCGUGUGCUUUUUUCGCGAAAGCUGAACAAAUCCGAGAGGAACUACACGGUGUAUGACCGAGAACUACUAGCCAUUCAUGAGGCGUUCCGGAGAUGGAGGCACCUGCUAAUUGGCGCACAACAUAAGGUGCAAGUGUGCACUGACCACAAGAACCUAGAGUAUUGGAGGACGGCACGAGUGCUCAACCAACGGCAAGUGAGGUGGGCCCAGGAAUUCUCCAAAUUUAACUUUGAGAUUUGUUACGUGCCAGGCCCAGAGAACAUUAGGGCGGACGCUCUCUCACGCAAACCUGAAUAUUUGGAGGGGGAGGGAGCACCCGAAGAGAGACAUGUCAUUCCAGAGGACCGCUGGGUGUGUGGGGCGGCAUUGGUGGGACAAAGAGAACUGGUAGAAGAAACAGAGAAUGAUGAAUACGCCCAGAAUAAGCUCAGAGGUCUUAGGGAUGAGGGAGAGGAAUCAAGGGGUUUCGAGGAAAGAAAUGGAGCUUUGUAUUACAAAGGGGCACUGUAUAUCCCUGAAGGAGACUUAAGGGGAGGGUACUCAAGCAGUUGCAUGACAGCCCCACGGCGGGGCAUUUUGGGCAACACAAAACCAUGUGGUUGGUCACCAGGGAAUUUUGGUGGCCUAAGGUGAGGGAGGAUGUACGUGAGUAUGUAAGAGGGUGCGAGCAGUGCCAGCGAGCCAAAGGGGAAAGGCGGGCGCCGGCGGGGCUGUUAGAACCCUUACCAACACCAGAACGACCUUGGGAGGCAGUGUCGAUAGAUUUUAUGACUGAUCUGCCGAAGUCCAAAGGGAAAACAGCCAUCAUGGUGGUGGUAGACCUACUAACAAAGAUGUGCCACUUUGUAGCUUGCUCGCAUGCAGUCACGGCGGAAGAGACAGCGAAGUUAUUUGUAGAACACAUUUUUAGGUUGCACGGGGUGCCAUUGAGGGUGGUCUCAGACCGAGGAAAACAAUUUACUUCCAGGUUCUGGAGGAAGCUCAUGAGCUUACUGCAGGUGGAGGUCAACUUUUCGACUGCCCGGCACCCUGAAACCAACGGGCAGGCGGAAAGAGCAAACGGUGUCCUCCAGCAAUACCUGAGGUGUUAUGUCAAUGACAGAGAGAAUGACUGGGUAGAAAAGUUGGCGCUGGCGGAAUUUGCCUACAACAAUGCCGAGAAUGUGUCCACAGGGAUGAGCCCCUUCUUGGCUAAUUAUGGGUGUCAUCCCAGGGCUUUCCCAGGGGAGAAGGGGAGAGAUGGAGCGUACCGGCAGCCGAGCAUUUUGUAGAAGAAAUGGAAGCAAUCCACCGUCAGCUCCAACUCAACUUAGAAAGGGCGAAGGAAGAAUACAAGAGGCAGGCAGACAAGAACCGAAGGGAAGGUGAAACCAUAAGGGUUGGAGAUAGGGUGUGGCUGUCAACCCGAGGGUUGCCGUUCAAAGGAGGUUGUAAGAAAUUAAGACCCAGGAGGUUGGGUCCCUUUGAGGUCAUUCAACAGGUCAACCCAGUGGCUUUCAGGCUCCGGUUACCCAACCACAUGAAACUGCACCCAGUAUUUCACAGGUCGUUACUGUCACCGUACGAGGGAGGACGAGAAGGGAUGGCCACUCGGGGACCGGUCAUAGAAGAAAGAGAAUGCAGCAGUCAUGUGGCAGAAAUCCUUGAUGCCAGGUGGAAGGGGAAUCAGGUGGAGUAUUUGGUAGCGUGGGAAGGAGAACCGGAGUCAGAAAACACGUGGGUAAUGGCCGAAGAUAUCAAUGACGAGGUAUUGAUAGAAACGUUCCAUCAAAGGUUCCCGAGGAAACCUCAGCCUGUGGAGAGGUUCCGGAGGGAAUACUUUGGGACCACUGAGGAGGAGGAGGAGUUGGAAGGAUUCCCAGAAUCGGAAGGGGAAGGGAGAUGGACUCGGAGGAGGAGGAGUGCUUCGAGACCAGGAACCGCAACAGGUGGAGAGAAGUGUUCGAGACAUCGGAAGAUGAAGGAAGUUCAUUCCGGGGUUUGCCUCCUCACCGCCCGUAGAGGAGGGGCGAGAGGGGGUGAAGGGGGCCCUGGAGGGGAGGUGGAUGUCAGGGAACUGCCAUCGGAAGGAAGGGAGGUGAAAGGACUCAGACAGGUUGGAAGAGACUCAGCAGCGGAAGAGGGAACCAGCAAGGGAGAGAAGCUGAACUGAGGGAGGUGAAAGGGCUCAGACAGGUUGGAAGAGACUCAGCAGCUGAAGAGGAAACCAGCAGGGGAGAGAAGCUGAACUGAGGGAAAGGGAGCUGGGGGAUGGCUCAGAGAUACUUCCAGCGAAAACAGUGGUGAGGUUUCCGGACCUCCUGUUGGGACACCCACUCCUCGCCGGAAACUGUCACGCAGAGAGUCCAGAAGACGUGUUUCCGUUAAGGAGCUUUUAUGUUGGAAGCGAUUACGAAAGCAGCCACUGUCGGAAUCUUCUAGUGACUAGAGGAGCCAUGUCAGAGGGGCUCAGUCACAGACAGAGGUUUGUGGACUUGAACAAACUCUGAGGGAAUACGAUUUUACGCACAAGCAGCUCAUCUUCCCAUCACAAAACUAUACAGAUUUCAGUGAGAAUUGCCUCUAAAUACCAAUACACCAUCCUGUGUUUUAAUCUGUAAAAGCGCUAAUUCCCAACCCACUUGUUCUGCAGACAUACUUCUUAUUUCAAGAGAGCUUUCCCAAAAACAAGUGCUUUGAGGGUCUCCAGUGAAGAGGAAACUGAAGUCUCACUGUGUCCCAACUGCAGAGGGAAAGGUGUCUUUCACAGUCAGGCCCAUCUAAAGAUAGGGAAGGGUUGCAAGAGUUUUGAAAGUUUCCCCUGGAGGAUUACAACUACUCUUCCACAUGUAUAGAACAUGAAAUUCCUUAUUUGCUUCAGUACUAGAAUUUAUUACUAUAGCAGAAUAUUGCAAUUGUUUCUUACCCCAUCCCUCUUCCAGAUAUAAAUGAAUGCGAGGGAAAUAACGCCUGUUCCAAGUUGGCUGUGUGUGAGAACACUAUUGGCAGCUAUAAAUGUCAAUGUUAUCCAGGCAUAAUGGAUCUGAAUACAAGUAAUCCUGGAACAGAGUGUCAAGGUUAGUGAAUAUGACCUUCCCAUGAUAUGAUAAUUAAAAUUAUAAAGCUGUAUGGCUAAUUAAAUGAUUAAGGUUUAAGCUUCACUGCUUCGUCAUGGGAUGCACAUGUGCACAUCUCACUGCUGUCAGGACUCCUUUUUCAAAAGCCCUUCUAUUCCUGAUUUUAGCACAAUGCAGGCUAAAUUUCUCCAGCUGCAGUGGUUCAUUCAAGGUGCAUUAGAGUUAUAUGAAGUGUAAUGGAGCACACGGUGAGUUUGUUCUGCAACAGUUUCAGUAGGUAGAGCCAUGACUUUAUUUAAAGCUAGUUCAAGGAAGGUCUGUUUGAUAGAAAAAGCACUCCUGGUAUUGACUUUCAUAAUGCCAGAUAAAUGAUAGGAGGUACUUCCGAAAACAUACUGUACUCCCUUGCAAAUUUGAUCCGGAUUCUAGCACUGCUUCUGAAUCACUAGCGCUACUUGCAUUUUCCUGAGUUGGUGCCAAGAGGCCAAAGCCCCCACUUCACAUGUUGCUCAGGCAAAAGGGGUUUCCUGGGUUGAAGUGGCUGGGGGACCAUGCUGCUGCCCCUACCCCAUUUGUCCUCUGAAUCUGGAUGUCUCAACAGGGAAACCUAUGCAUGUAAAGGUUGACAAGUUUAGGCUUUUCUUCUGCAGAUGUCCUCACUUAAUGUGUGGACAUUGGCGUAGGGCAGCUAUACAAUGCCAGAGGGAGGGCAAUCCUUGGUGUCUCUUCAAUUAGUAGAGCCGAUUUUGCAUGAGUACUAUGUGAGGGUGGCUAUAUAGGAUUUGUUACGCCAGUACAAACUACUGUCAAUGUGGGUUUGGGCUAGUGUGCUAAAAGCAUAUUCCUGUGAGCAGUGUUGCUUAGGGCAAUUGCACAUGGAUUUUCAGUGACCGCCAUGUGUCACAUGUACAUACACAUCAUCUCUAAAUUGCUAUUUCCAAAAAUGGGUGUAUUUGGGACUGGAAUUAAGAUAUGCAACAAACCUUUUGGUAUUAUUCUUUGAAAUCAGGCAGGGAGUACAACUUUCAUAAGCUGCAUUUCAUAUUUUGAAGUUUAUAUUUCAGUUACAUAAAUGGCAGUUCAGCAAGAGGAGGAAUAUUAUCUUUUACAUGAUUAAUUUGGUUUUGUGCUUCUUUUAUAGACCCCAUCUUGUGUCUGAACACGCCUGAUAUUUGCUUGCAAUCUACUGCAUGUCUUUCCUUACGACAUGACAUCUGUUCAAGUAUGUUGUAAAUAUGUAUUAUGAUUUUUUUUUUGUCACUGUAAGAUUAAACGUAAUGAAAUAUGGAAAACUUAACAAAAAUUAUAUUUAAAAAAAGAUUAGAUUGCUUAAAUACAUAACUACAAAUGACGUUUUGUAGAGCAGGACUGGGAAACCUGUGAACUUCUAGGUGCCAUUGGACACCAACUCCCAUCAGCCCCAGCCAGCAUGGCCAAUGGCCAGGGAGCCUGGCAGCUAUAGACCAACAUCCUUUGGAGGGUUAUGGGUUCACCAUCCCUCCUGAAUAAGUUGGGUGCUCUUCUGACAGUAUUACAAUGAAUUUUUUUCUUAGCAAGUGUUAAGACCAUAUUUCUUUGAGCACAUCAACAUUUUUUAGCACAUGAGCAAAAAUAAAAUGUUUAUUUAUGAUUGUUAAGCAUAUAAACAAACAGCUCACUUUUCAGUCCUUUUAGCUGGUUCGCAAUGACCAUUAAAAAUAAGCUAAUAAAAGCAUAAGAAUGUAUUCUGGAGUUGCAUAUCCAGUCGUAAUAUAUCUAGACUGGAAGGCUGUUCACGCUGACCUAAUAAGCAAGUAACACUAAGUCAAGCCAUAGCUUAGUGUCAGUAUUGAGGGGUUCUCAUAGAGAUGAUUGUAGCUGCUGCACUCCCCUGAACCUGCUGAUUCUGCCCCAACACAGUUUGGCAUAGAGUUACAUCCAAACCUGGGGUUGUGGUUUGUCUUGUUCCAGACAGGCAGGAGCUGUAACCAAUGAAAUAUGGAAAACGAAUUCUGAGAUGGAACUGAUUGAGGUGUUAAUUAUGUUGCAUUCCUUUUUCAGGCAAACAAGCAUUUGCUUGCAGAAUUUUAUUCAAAAACCAGAGUUUCACACCUGACCUUUAUAAUCCAGAAAGUGAGAUCUAUAAGAAUAUGUCAAACAAAAUCAGAACAACUGUGAGUUCUUUAACAUUAUCCCUUGUUGCAGUCAUUAUCUUUUGAAGAAGCAUUCUCAACACAAUGUGCAAAUCUAUUUCAAACCAGUAUACACAACAGCAGCAAUAGAAUGUGCACCCCUAUCUGAGAGUAUCAGAUUGGGAAUAUUUAAAAUCAUACCCUAAAAGCAUAACAAACAACAUGCUGCAAUAUUUAGAACCUUUGGGGAUCAGUAAAAAGCACCAUGGAAUAAAAGUCUCAAACUAGAAAAGCCAUAGUAAUAAUAAAAAAAUGGGUGUCUAUGCCUUUAUGCUUCUUUCCCAAGGGUACCCAACCCAAAACCAGCAACAUACCCUAAUAUUUCCAGUCCAGAUAGCAAAUCCUUAUACUUCCACACAUGUUGUGUGUCUUUCAUCAGUGUUGACCUAUCCCACAGGACAGUGGUAACUGGGGCUCACUGAGUUCUGUGAACUGGGGUGGGAUGGGGGGGCAUGAGCAGAAUGUGACAGGAGUCCAGCAGGAGACCUGGAACCAACAGCAGGAAUGGAAUUCUUGGAUCUCUAUGGGAAGAAGCCUAGAACAAGGUCAGCUUUUAGAUUGCUAGAUGAUUUGCAGUCUGACUCCCAGUUGUUUCAUCAUAGUGAUAACAAAAAGGUCCUGCCACUCCACAAACAAUUAGGCUAUUAGAAACUCUGUUCAGUAGUAACUCAAUAUAAAUUUGUUCUUGUAUAUGUAGAUAAUAUAUACCUGCAUAUAUACAUAUAUGCAGGAGUGCAGUAGGAAAUUGGCUACAGUCCCUGAGCCACCACUUCCCAUCUGACUUUGGUUAGCAGACCUUGGUACAGUACGGCAAAGAACUGCUGUCACAUAUGAGCUCUUACAUAUGAAACUUUAGGCUAUUUACUGCACAACAUUUUGGAAAUGUUAAAUACGUUUUGUUUAGACCAAUCUCAUGGUCUUUUUUAUUUGUUCUUUUAAAAGAAGUCCGGUAAAAGUGAAAAGAGUUAAAGUUUGGGGGAAUGGUGAUGGUGUCUUGCCCGUUUUUUACGUAUUGACAUUUUGGAAUAAAUAUAAAUGUUUUCAGGUUUCUAAAGGAAUGAUAAUGAAGCUUGGAGAUGACAACUUUAAUAUCGAAAUGGUGGGAUACCAAGCUGGAAGUGUGGAUGCAUAUUUUGCAUUUCUCCUGCAAGGACAAAAGUGGAUUGGAACAAAAAAUUUCACGGACUAUUUAACAGAAGUAGUAACAAAAAUGCUUGAUAACAAGACUGCUGUAACAGUAACAGGUAAUCUUGUUGUUCAUGGCACUACAAAUAUCUCUUGAUCUAGUCAGAAAUUGUCCACCAUGACAAGUUCCAUCAUGACUUUCUUCUCAAAGGACUGGAAGUUGAAUUCCCAGAUCAGAGGAUGUAUUCCCUUGGAGGCCUCCUUCAGAUCAGUUCAGCAGCAAGGAGGGAAAGCUUUUCCCUGUUUAAAAGAUUAUUUGGGAAGCGUGAUUGAGGCUUGGAGGACACAUACCACAAAACAUAUCUUAUCGGGGGCUAGUUUGCCCUAUACUUUCAGUGGUGAAGGGGCAAUCCCCCCCCUCACCCAAGGAUCCUUUAAGUGGUGAAGAGGGAGCCCAUCUCACCACAGAAAGGAACCUUUGUAUCCUUUCAUAGGUGUCCUCCAAAGUCAAUUCCACCCAAGCUUUCCACAGCAGAGGGGGAGUCCUCCUUGCCAUGGAGCGAAUCUUCAGUGGGGCUGUAACCAGAACUGGAAGACACACUCCAUUGUGUCCUCAGAACCUAGUUUCUCUCCAUCCUUUUAGUACAAAGAGGAAUCCACCCUUUGUUUCCAAAUGGAUUGUUUGUGGUGUGGCUAUGUUAAGAAACCAAACUUCGAGGAUGCACCCACAGGGCAUAGGUCCCUUUUCCUUGUAGGCUCCAAACAGGGCAUAAAUAAAUGCCUCUUAAACCCUAACUAAAGGGAAGAUCCUAAAACUGCCUAGCUCCAGUUAGCCAACAGGUUAUACGUGCAAAUAUUUGCUGGCAACCUGAGAGGGGCAUACAGGAAGCACAGCUGUCAUUCUCAACUUGUUUGGGGAGUAUUUGAGGAAAAGUGUAAUGUUGCUUCAUUCUCAGGUUGCCUGCAUACAUCACUCCUGCUUUACCAACAGAAGGAGUGGUCUUUGCAUUGUUUGAUAGUACACAAACUGCUGUUUCUAAGAAGCAAUGGGAAAUCCAGGGACUGUAGCUUUCCAUGGCUACUUGGAUUUUAGUCCAUCAUUCUCAUAUGUACUUGCAUUCUUUCUCUAUUAGCAGUGAGUCCAGUCAUGUGAAGGAUCCAUCCUUUGUUCAGGGAGAUUAGGCAAGAAAUAAUAUCCCAUUUUUUUGUACUGCUUCAAAUGUCUGGGCAUUGUCUUGCUUGCAUAUUCAAAAUCACAAGGUAUGCAGGAAGUGGGUUUCCCUCCCCCUUUGGGUAGGAUGUCCAGUGGAUGCCAAAGUAAAUGUUCAGACCUUUUGAAACCUCAGUACAUAAGGCAGAUUCAGACUUGCACAGGUGUUUACCUAGAUAACAGACCGAUGACGUUAGAAUUCCUCAUGCAAAACCAGCUUUGGCCAUUUGCCACAUUAUGCUGUGCAUGUAAUUAACAAAUGUAGUCCUUCUUUUUCUGUGCUAAAUAGGAGGUGAAUGGGAGGGAAGAAAAUCCCAAGUGGGGGAUUUUAACCUUUUGAUCCUACUGCAAUCCUGAUCCAGAUCAGGCCAUCCUAUCUGGGCAAACAGUAGGUGCAGGAAUGGGGCAGAGAUCUAGAUCAGGACUGUAGCAAGAGCAGUCACCUACUGUUUAGCAACGAAAAUACAGUGGUACCUCAGGUUACAUAUGCUUCAGGUUACAGACUCCGCUAACCCAGAAAUAGUGCUUCAGGUUAAAAACUUUGCUUCAGGAUGAGAACAGAAAUCGUGUAGCGGCAGCGCGGCGGCAGCAGGAGGCCCCAUUAGCUAAAGUGGUGCUUCAGGUUAAGAACAGUUUCAGGUUAAGAAAGGACCUCCGGAACAAAUUAAGUACUUAACCCGAGGUACCACUGUACUGGCAACAGUGGAUAAUUGCAUGCUCACUGUAAAAUGAAGGACGUGCUGGCGGGGAGGGCCAGUGUGUCAGUUGCACUGGCAAAUGUAAUGCAAAACAACCCAAACCUCCCUCCUCACCAUCCCAGGUCAUGGCAGCAGUGCUAUUUGCUGGGGCCGGGGGCAGGUCUGCGGUGGCACCACCCACUCCUGGUCACAUGUAGCUUAGUUUGGCUGUUUCAUGGCAAAUUAAUUUCCAGAGACUUCGCCAGCUCUGUAGCUUUUCAAGAAUCCACCAACUUAGAAAAACCUUCCCCAAACAUAGGGCCUAAACGUUGUGCUAUCCUUUCCAUAUUCAUUGUAGCACAUUCAGUCUGAUUGAAAGCUGAUUACUCUUGUGUAUAAGUAUUUAAAAAUAUCUGCCUGCAGGCCUAAUAAAAUAAAGUAACACUUGAGGUGUCACAAGUAAAAAGUUAGUAUUAACAAGGUCUAGUGCUCCCUGAGAAAAGUUCCUAUGAUGCUGUGGAAAAAAUAGUAUCCAGUGACUUGUGCGAAUUUGGGCCAGCCCUACCAUGAAGUAAUGUGAGGCAGCCACCUAUGACAGCUGACUUUCAUGAAAGAGCAGCCAACUGUUAUUUAUUUAUUAUUGCUUCAAGGGAGAGGCACAUGUAGGAUUGAAUGCCUCAAGUACCAAAAGGACUUGACUGCCUUAGAUUCCAUACACCUUGACUUUUUGGUGGUGGGGCACCGUUUACUGUUUGGCCUCAGGCAGCAAAAUGUCUUGGACCCACUCUGCUAGUUUCAGCACUUUUUAAAGGUUGCAGUACUUUAAGCUAAGCUAAUUUUUUGUUUCUACAAUAUACUUUCAGCAAUUGCCACAUCCCAGCAAGUGGAAGAUCUGAAGCCAACGAAAGACAAUUCAGCCUGGAAAACAGGAGUCAUUGUCCUUGCAGUGCUCUUUAGCAUUGCGUUGAUAUCUAUUGUGGUGAUGGUCACAGUAUGGCUUUAUAUGAAGAAAAAAAUGGGCAAAUAUAUUAUCGAACCUCAAGGACCCAUGGGAAAGUUUGCCUUUCAGAACUUGUGAAUGUCUCAGUUGCCUCCCAACUGUGGCAUAUUUUAACUCUGAAGUUUGCAUAGUUAUUAGAAAACAGACUAACCAGAACAGAAGAUGAAUGCCAGUAGAAUCUGUAGGUUAUUUACUUAAGUCUGAGUAGAACUUAGAACUGAUGUGACUCAGUGGAAUUCCCCUGUUUGUUCGAGGGAAUAGGGCAAGACCUGAAGAAACAGAACUCAGCGCUGCAUCAAAGGGACACUUCAUCAGGACUAGAAAUCUCACAAGGGACUUCAAGAUAAAAGAUAUUGGAUAUUUUCAAGCAUUUCACAUUUUCAGACUCGGCUUACUUUUGCAUGCAACGGAAUCUUCGAGAAAUGGUUUUGGACUCCAGACAGGCCAGAAUGCCUUUCAGUGUUUGCAUUGAAAAACUUGCCAUGUACUUUCAUUUCUUCUUUCUAGUGCUGCAAAGCAGGAGCAAUUCUGUUGUGACAUGUUGGUGCAAAACCUUGCCAUUGUAAACCAAGCUUUAAGCAUAAGGGAAAGUACUAGACCAAUGAGAAGGGCUUUCGAUUCAUAUUCUAUAGGGCUAUGCUGUGAUUGCUUCUGUGAAAAAUCUAUGGACCCACACCCCAUAUUUGCUGGAAAAUCAUGUCAUCCUUAUGCUCAGCAGUGGGCUGCAUGCAUACCUUGCAUGUGAAGGUUUUUCCAGACUGUCACUAUUUUCAGGUGGCAUUCAGUCACACACUAGAAAAUUUGGAUUGCAAAUUAUAAUUGAUUGGGAUACCUUGCCCAACAAACUUGCUUCCCCCAAAGACCGGAAAGUGACAGGAAAAUGCACUGGGAACACUUGCUUUGAUGCAGUGUCAUGUAGCCCACUGGUCAGCACCCACUCAUGAGGCGUGGCCUGAUCGAAGGUGGGUUGCAAGAGGAGCACUACCACCGUGCAAAUAUAUGGCAAAAGAUUAAGAAAUAGGUCUGUAGAUGCAUGUUGGGGUUAAAAGUGAAAGGUUGAAGAUAGCCAACUCAAACAAAUCAGAAUUAAUGCUCCUUAAAUAGCUGAUAUAACCUAGCCUCCCCUGAAAAUAAUCAGGAUGAAUGCUUAAUAAACAUGUUCCCUGGAAGUGCCACCCGAUUCCCUUCUAGGACGGUUGGUGAAUACUGUCAGCUUGGGCACGAUUGACCAGAUGGAAGGGUAUGGCUGGGCUCACCCACUGUGUGAGAGAGAAUGUGCCAACUUUGUUCCCCUACCUGCAAAACCAGGCAGUCAGAGUGGACAGCUCCAGCUAGCAGCUUGGUGAGUUCCUGCAUGGUUCCAGCCCAGCAGAAGGGCACUGCGAGUCAUGGAUGUGGGCAUUCCCAUCUCGUACGGCAUCCUUUGUCAUGCAUGAACGCCAAUCAGGAAUAAAUUGCCAAUAUCUCCAUGGAAGCUAAUGGAACUUGAAAAUAGGUAAGCAAUAGUCCCGAUAUUCAAAUAAACUUAAUUAGUCCACAAUAAAUGGAAUUAGCACGGGCAAACGGGCAAUAUUAAUAUGCUUGCAUUAUUUUUAGGCAGUGCGCAAGCUGUGAAAGAUACAUUUUUAAUCAUUUGAACUUUUGAACAUGGUUAAAUUAGCUCAGCGAACACAGACUUAAUUAUUGCGCACUGCAUAUGAAGAUUAAUAGUAAUUUAUAUGGAGGCUGCUUUUUAAUGGGAUUUGAAAACAGAUUGAAGUAAGAUAAGCAAUGUGCUGCUAUAUAUGCUGCAUCAGACUUGAAUUUGUAUAAUAAUAUUUAUUUUGAGCCUACCUGAGACGCAUUUCUUUUACAUGUUUCUCCAAAUAAAAUAAAAAAGUUUAGUAAAUAUAGACUUGCUUGAAACCUGCGUAUUGCAGAUGGAGAUUAAAAUGUAAUGUUAAUAGUAAUGUUGCUUGUUAAGUGUUCUUUGAAACCAGAUUGAGGUUAAAUUCAGCAAAAUACCCUAUUUUAUAAUAUACCAAACUUGAAUUUGUAUAAUAAUAUUUAUUUUAAGGCUGCUAGAGACAUUUCUUUUCAUGAAACUGUGGCAAAUAAAUAUAUUAUUUUUACUA